AUGAGCGGGAUGAGCGUGCCUCGACUUGACCCGCUCGAGCCCACAACGUCCUCAAUCGUCUCGACUUCCACCUCAUCCAGCCGAUCUUCUCCCUCCUCCCGCUCGACUCUCCCCUCCUCGACUUCCUCCCUUCCGCGUUCCUCCGUCCAGCUCACGCCCUCCCUCGUCCUCGCAUCCUCGCCCUCAACAUCUUCUUCGACCACCCCCUCGCUCGGCCUCUUCGCCACCCGCCCUCUCGAACCCGGCACCCUCCUCUUUUCCGAACCACCACUCCUCACCUGCUCGUCCUGGCGGGACUUGCGCGCCACCCUCUCCUGUUCGACGGACGAAACGCGUACCGCCUUCUGGAGCCUGGCGAACGCCUUCCCGGACGAAGCCGAGGCAGAGAAAGGCAUCUUCGACACCAACGCCUUCGCUCUCGAUACCCACGGUGGGAAAUACGGCCUCUUCCGCCUCACAUCCCGCAUCAACCACUCUUGCGCGCCAAACGUCAAGACUUCUUUCGUCGCUUCGCGGGGACGGAUGGAAGUGAGGGUUGUGAGGAGGGUUGAGGAGGGUGAGGAGGUGAGGAGUAGUUAUUUGCCGCCUGGGGAGUUGGUGCGACUUGGAAAGGACGAGAGGAGGGAGAGGUUGGAGAAAGGGUGGGGUUUCGAGUGUGCUUGUGAGGCGUGUCAGCGGGAGGGAGGGGAGGAAGAGGCCCUUCGAGCCGAACUACGGACGAUCCUCGACUCCCUUCCCCGUUCCUUCUUCCGCCCACUUUCGCAAGACCCAACACUCAUCCUCCGACACGUCUCCCGCGCACUCGACCUCCUCGACCUCCUCUCCCUCUCGCCACUCUGCACCUCCCUCUUCCUCCUUCCGGCAUUCAAGACCUGCGUCCUAUCGCACGACACACGCUCAGCGCGACUCUGGGUUCGACUCGCGCUCAAGGUGGUUGGCGUAGUGGAAGGCGAGGGAGGAGAGGGGUGGAGGCGGUGGGAAAGUUGGAGGGAAAGGCCGGAGAGAGCGCUGGAGAGAGGCGAGGGAGGGAAGGGCUGGGCCAAGAGGGAUUUGUGGAGGGAGACGAGGGAGGCUAUUGGAGAUAGGCUUGAGGCGGACGAGCAGAGUAGUGGGCCAGGACAAGGCAUCGUAGCGCGGUUAUCGAGAUUGUUCGGAGCUGAGCAGUGA